CUAAAAAAUACUCCCAAAUUACAUAAGAUAUUCCUUUAUUAGUCCCACAUUGGGGAAAUUUGCAGUGUCACAGCAGCAAAGUGACAGUAUAAGAAAGAAAGCAAAGACAGCAAAAUGUCAGUAACAAAUACUUAAAUAUAAAUAAAUAAUAGAUAAUAAUAUAAUGUGUACAAUUCAAUAUUUACAAAAAAAAGCAGCAAAUUAAGUAUAUUGCAUGGAUGGUGUGUAUUACUUAUUGCACAUUGUUGCACAUGGAGAGUCUGUCAGUUCCUGGUGUGUGUGAUCUACUGAGUGCAGUGUUUGCUGUACAGGAAGGAAAUACCAUAGGUUUCCUGUACUGUGCUGUCAGAGUGUACUGCAUGGGGUGGGAGACGUUUUCCGACAGGGGUGAGAGCUUUGCCACCAUUCUCCUGUCACCUACUACCUCCACAGUUCUUAGUGAUCACUCCCCUCCUCCUCAUGGUCGUCCCAUUCCAGGCUGUUCUCUGGUCAUCUCUGCUCACUGAAAGAUUAACUUUAUAGUUUAUAGAGAUAGAUCUAACAAUAGUAAACACACUUACAUAUUUCUGUCUCAGUGUCCAUUAGUGUUUCCACCAGUUGGACAUGUCCUUUAAGCUUCAGUCCUCACUGUCCACACUGACAUUCUGUAGAUAAAGUUGUCAGAAAUCAUUUCUUAAUGAAGAUAAAAUCUCCCCCUGAUUCUUGGGAAGAUCACGAAUGAAUAUGUGCAAUUAUAUUUCUGUCUAAGCGUUGUGAAAGUCUCCUACAGUUCAACCUGUGCAACAAGAGAUAGGAAAUUUCCUAACUACACUCCCACUUCCUUUAAAACCAUCAGUCACAGCAGCAACAAAUUCAUGUGACUGAAUGUGCUGUAAGAGCAUAGCAAUCCUCCCAGCACUAUCAAAUAUACAGUGGUACAGAGGAAGUCUUGUCCUCGGAUGCUUUAUAAGAAAAGAAGGCAGGAACUAGUUGAAGGAGUGUCAGCUACUGAAACCAUCCUCAACCACUUGUAUAAUCUGAGAGAAAACAACAUCUUUUCUAUCAGAAUUUCUUCACCAACUGAAGCCAAAACAACUGCUGGUCCCAUCUGGGAACCCAGGGAUUAAUCAUGACUUCAGUGUUGGGAAUAGCACUGCUGGGCUGGGCCCUGAUGGCAGGACACACCGUGGCCUUUGUCCCUAACGGGGGUAGAGUGUCCACUCAUGUCAGCAUUACUCGAACAGCCCUAUUGGAUAAGGUGAAAGAGACAUGUCGGGCAGUGGCUGAGGCAGCAGGUCAUGAGUUCAAUCCCACGGGUUCCUCUCCUGAGGAGUUGGUUCAGGCCUGUCUUGGACCCACAGCAAAAGGACAAGUGUCAGGUGCCAAGUUUCACUCUGCUCUUCAAGAAAUCUACAACCAGAAUGGACUGGUAGACCGUGACUUUGUCAACAGUGAUCCACACCACUUCAACUCAGAGGCAUUCCUGCAGGGACGUGGCCUAAUCACAGAGGGAAUGGUGGCCAUUAAAGCUAACAUUCGCAAGGACAACUUCCAAGCUGCCAGAGAAACACUGGGCAGAGUUCUUCAUACACUACAGGACUUCUACAGCCACAGUAACUGGGUGGAGCUGGGAAACACAGAGCCAUACAUCAACCUCAUUCGCCCAGAUCGGCCACUGGAAAACCUGGCAGAUGUCAACACUGCCACCUGCAGGGACUGUGCCAGUGGAACAUGCCCCAAUUCCAUUCUCCCCAACAUCCUGAAUGAGAAGAAGCUCACAUCAGGCUACAUGGGAAUCUACUCUUCCACCAAGCCUAAAAGUAAAUGUAGCCAUGGAGGUGCAGCUGACCUGACUAGCACAACAGUUCCUCGUGGUGGCAUCAACAAAGAUGAGCGUCGCUCUGACAACGUGGCCUUCCACAAUGCUGCUGUGAAUGCAGCCACCGCUGCAAGUCUCCAGCUACUGGAAGACAUCCGGUUAGCUGCUGGGGACAAUGACUUUCUGAGAAUGAUGGGGAUUGCCCGCUCAUCGGUCGUGUGCUUUGUUAUUGACACCACUGGCAGUAUGUCUGAUGACAUUGCUCAAGCCAGGGAGGAUGUUUAUCAAAUAAUUGACAGCAAAAAAGGAACACAGGAUGAGCCCUCUGAGUACAUCCUGGUGCCCUUCAAUGACCCCAGUUUUGGACCGAUGAUCAGGACAACAGACCCCGAUAAGAUGAAAAAAGAAAUCUCUAAACUCAAAGCACAGGGAGGGGGAGAUACCCCUGAGCUGUGUCUGUCAGGACUUCAGCUGGCUCUCACUGGUGCCCCAGCCUCCUCCCACAUCUUUGUUUUCACUGAUGCCACAGCCAAAGACAUCGCCCUCAUGGACACGAUUGUUGCUCUCAUCAGGAGCACCAAGUCAACGGUGUUAUUCCUGCUGACCCCGGCCAGUAGCAGGCGUCGCCGUUCCCUUGGUGCUGGUUCCUUUGAAGACUACAAGGAUCUGGCUGUAGCCUCUGGAGGCCUGGCCAUCCAGGUGUCCAAAAAAGAGCUGCCUCAGGCAACAGACGUCAUCCUUGACACCUCUACUUCAGCUCUGGUUACAGUUCUUCAGCGAGCAAGGAACCCUGGGAAGCAGGAGACUUUCCCCUUCGUACUGGAUGAAUCUCUUCAAAACAUCACCAUCUACAUCACAGGAACAUCCAUUACUUUCACACUGACCAACCCUGCAGGUGUGAGUCAGAGCAACACUGAGGCCAGUGGUAAACUGGGGACCGUUCAGACAGUGGGCAACCUGAGAAGAAUUCGUCUCAACGCUGACAAGCAGACAGGAAGAUGGCAGAUCAACAUUAACUCCAACCAACCAUACACACUCAAAGUCACAGGCCAGAGUACCAUUAUGUUUAUCUAUAACUUUGUGGAAAGCUUCAAGGGACCUCACCCAGGUUUUGCAGUACUCAGUGGGCGUCCACAAGCAGGCCAGCCAGCCACCUUGAUGCUCUCAGUAAUGGGAAGGAAAGGUCCGUCCUCAAUGAGUGUUGGAAACAUUGGCCUAUUAACUGUUUCUGGUCCUGAGGCUGUGAGCAAUGGUACGAUGACUGACAUGGGUAGCGGAGACUUCCUGGUGACUGUUGACAUGGUCCCUGAGGGGGAAUUUGUUGUCUUUCUGAAAGGAACAGACAAAGUGUCAAACUCUGAAUUUCAGAGGCAGUCUACCACCCAGAUGUCUGUCUCCAAAGUGAACAUCCAGGCUGCGGUGGACAGCAGUGUGGAGCCAGGAGAAACCUUCAAGCUCCCCUUCAGUGUAAUGACCCAGGGCUCUGGUGGUCAGUUUGAAAUCAGCGCCAGAAAUGACAGAAACUUCUCCAUGUCCUACUCAAGCAGCCUCACCUUGACAACUGGUAAAUAUACUAAUGAUACGUUGACCAUUACGCCACCUGUCAGCACACCAUCAGGCACUGAUGUCACUCUGACUGUGCAAGCCAAGUUGUCCAGUGGUGUUGACUCCAAUUACGUCGUGUUGAGAUUGUCUGUUGUCACCAAGAUUACAGAUUUUGUUCGGCCUUUGUGUGAAGUGGUUAGUGUGCAGGCUGAUGAUUGCCCUCAAGAUGUUUCUCAGUGUGGACCUUUCAGGUGGGAGCUCUCGGCCAAUCUCACUGAUGGAAACGGCACUGGGAUCGAGAGAAUCUCCCUGCAACAGGGUAAUGGAUCCCUCUCAUAUACCUCUCUGAGUGCUCCUGUUGUCCAGGCGAACUACAACGCCUCCUGCUGCUCGCAGAUUGUGGAGUUCAUAGCUGUAGAUAAAGUUGGCAAUGUGGGAAAAUGCUACCAUUCAAUUGUUCGUUCGGAUGGCCCUCCUGCUUUAACUCUGUCAUUGCCAUUGUGGUUGUGCCUGCUGGUGUCUGCUUUUGUAAUCAGGCCUUGAAGGGCUUAGUUUAGGUUGUGUCUUAUGUCUGUAUGCUGCAUCAGGUAUUGGACUGUUGAUGAUUUUAAAUUACUCAAAUCAAUUUGCUACCAUGAUGGACUGAAACAUUGGUGACAGUCAUCUUAAUCCCAGAUAUUCUGCUAGCGCAAAGUGUGAGCACUGAUUAAACAAUGGAUGAUGAAUGUAUACUUAAAUUGUCUGAAACAAAAUGUUUACAAUAAAUACUGUUGUACUUAA